AAUUCAUUGUUUCUAGUCGGGCAGUCAUUGAGCAAGGACCGGUCGCAUCAUGUCGAGACACCUUCGCUUCAUCGCUCGGACAGUGAUGGUCCAGGACGGCAAUGUUGAUGCGGCAUAUAAGACUCUGAACAAGGUUCUGACUCAGGAUGGGAUCAUUGAAACAGUGAAGCGCAAACGCUACUUUGAAAAGCCCUGCCGGGAGCGACAGCGGAAGAGCUUUGAGAAUUGCAGGCGGAUCUACCACAUGGAAAUGGCCCGAAAAAUAUCUUUCAUCGCCAAGACGAACAGAGAGGAUCCCUGGCUCGGCAACUAGCCAGAAUGGAGUGUGAUGGAACAAGGCGAUAUUGGACUGGUUGAGACAGGGCCAGCAAAGUGGAAGAAGCAAUCAAGACCAACACUCUACAUGGACUUUGGGAAACCUUUGGAGAGAAGGCUCUCAAGUCACAUCAUUUUUCAUCAGUAAAGGGAGAAAAUAUGUGUCACUUUUACGUCAAUUUCGGACAUUGUUUUUCAUUUUCUUCAUAACAUUCUCCAUGAGAAGAGCAGAGCUUUUAAGGAAUAAACUUGUGUGAUUGUUCCUGGUUGUAAUAUGUAUGUUAAUUAUUACUUGUUGACAUUUUGUGCUUGAAUCCUUUUAGAAAAUGAUGCAAAUGAAAAGGACAAUAAAUGUGAGACAAUUUCUGAAAUA